GCACACAGCGCAGCAUCUUAUCGCAGACAUGUGCUUAUAUAUGGUCGCUGUUCAGUUGCAGCGAGGUGCUGAUGCUAGUGCGCGAGCCCGAGCUGACGGAUGCGCCCUCUGGCGAGUGCUCGGAGUUGUGGGCGUGGCUUGAAUGACACCAGCGCGCCAUCUGCUCGCUGAUUGGCCGUACACGUGUACGGCGGAAGUGCGGCACACUUCCUUGACACGCAUCAACCGGUCAUUCAACCAGCUCUGUAUCCGUAUCUGUGUCCAAAGGGUCGAUAGUCAUUCAUUGAGUAAAAGUAUCUGUUAUCUUGAGCUGUUUAUGAUUGUCGGGUUUCUGCACAGGCUGUCGGAGAAACUUCCACGGGUGGUGCACAGUAUUAGUCUGAUGAUGAAGCCGCAAGUUGUGUUUGUUUUGGGCGGGCCUGGCGCGGGGAAGGGGACACAAUGCGCGAGAAUUGUGGAGACCUACAGCUACACUCAUCUGUCUGCUGGAGAUCUCCUGAGAGAGGAGCGCAGCCGCAAGGACUCCGAAUCCGGUCAACUCAUUGACAGCUACAUCAAAGAGGGCAAAAUAGUUCCAGUGGAAAUAACCAUCAGCUUACUAAAAAAGGCAAUGGAUGAGACAAUGAAGAAAGAUGAGAAAAAGUUUCGCUUUCUUAUCGAUGGUUUCCCACGCAAUCAUGACAACCUGCAGGGAUGGAACAAAGUCAUGGAUGGAAGGGCAGAUGUCAAAUUUGUACUUUUUUUCGACUGCAGCAAUGAGGUGUGCAUCGACAGAUGUUUAGAGCGGGGCAAGAGCAGCGGACGCACUGACGAUAACAGAGAAAGUUUAGAGAAAAGGAUUCAGACAUACCUCCAGUCCACACGACCCAUUAUAGAGCAGUAUGAGAAGCAGGGCAAGGUGCACACCAUUGAUGCUUCACGCUCAGUGGAUGAGGUUUUUGCAGAUGUGAAGAAAAUUCUUGAUAAAGAAGGUUAAAGUUACGUGUCCACACAGCCAAGGUGUCUGUUUAUUGAUGUUGGCAGUGCCACACCUUCUACAUGUAUCAAUAUAUACAUUUUUACUCAUGUAAUAGUAAUAUAGUUUUUUUUAAACUCGGGGUUGUGUGUGUGUAUAUCUAUGUGUUUGUAGGCCUGAAAAUGUAACAUUAUAUUUAAUAGCGAACAUUUUAUAAUGCAAAUUACACUAAAGAGCGACCCAAAUAAGCUUCAGCAAUAAACAUUCAUUGCACUUCUACAACAACAGUACAUAGAAGUGACGGCUCUUAACUUGAAGAUAGUCUUACUUGGCAUAUGUGUUAGAUCUGUUAGAGCAAUGUUUGGAAAUGUCAAGUGCUUUAAACUGUAUAAAAAAAAAUGAAACUGUAAUGGACCUAGAACCUGUUCCGUUCGGUUCUGUGUAUACGUGUUUACUGAUGACUGAAGCCAAUGAACAAUUAUGACUGACCAAUAGGAAAUUAGAUUAUUCAGUAGUUUACCAGACAUGCUAUUACUUUAGACAAAAUAUACAGUAAUAAUUUUAUGUAUAGUAAUCCAAAACUGGGUCUGAUGACCUAUUGGCAGCCACCCAAGAAUCGUGGACUGAGUUUUAGCUGUAAAUUUUACUUUUUAAUGUUGUGGUAGUACAGCUGUAUUCAAGACACUUGUGAUCUUUGCUCAGGCGAUACAUUUUAAGAUUUGGGGAACCAGGGCUUUUGCUUUUACUUGAUCAUUAAACGUCUUGGGGUCAUUCAUGGAUAAAAUGCCUUUAUGUCAUAUUGAUAUAACUGUUCUGCAUUCAGAUUGUGUUCAGUGUCUCAUAUCACCAGAUUGCAUAAAACAUUAUAUGUACUAUCAAGGAUGACAUUAACCCCUGAUAAAAAUAAAAAAAUACAUAUAUGAAAAUGCCAAA